AAUCCUAAUCCCUGUGAGCCUCGCAUGCAAUCCAAGGCCGGGGCCAGCGAUAGCUUCAGUCUACUUGCAGACCUCUGUAACCUCGCCCUCUUGCACAUUCUCCCGCCGCGUUGCGUUCGGCCAGCGGGUAUUCAUGGGGAACCAGAAUUCGCGGUCGACGACGCCCACGUCGAACCCGGCCUCGCCCACCAACAACAGCGCGGGCAGCUCCCACGCCAACAACGUGACUGCAUCACAUGGCCACGGCACUCACAGCGGCCACGGGCACGAGCGACCCCAACACCACCACCACCUGCCGCAUCUUCACCCCCCACACAGCCAGCACCACAGCGCCCGCCGCCGCGAGUCGAUCCAGGCGCUGAGUGCCGCCAAAGCCCCCGCGGCUCCCAGCGUGAGCCUCGUCGACGCUGAGAGCCAUCCCACGUCGGCCCGCCCCAUCUCGCGUGGGAGAGCGCAAACCGUGGGAACUAGCACCAGGGCCAUUACCUCGCAGCUGCAGGCCGCCCAGGACCACUACAACAACCACGCCGCCCGCAACCACUCGGCCCACACCCACGACGCCGCCGCCAUGGGCAACGAGCAGAGCAGCCAAAAGGGCGCGCACUUCCGCAGCGACAAGGACAAGGACAAGGACAAGCAGACCCAUGCCGCCUCCCGCGAUGCCACCCCGCCGCAGCCAGCUCCCGUACCCGACGCAGCACCCAUUGAUCCAGCACCCUCGACAGAACCCUCGCCCACCGCCCCCGUCGACGUCCCCUCCACCCUCCCUUCCUCCUCCUCCCCCAUCUACACCUCCGCCCUCCCCUCCUCCCUCGACCCAGCCUCCGCCUCCGACUACCUGCCACCAGCCUCGCAAUUCAGCCGCCCACCACGCCUCCCCCUCCCCAUAGAAGAAGAAGUGCACACCCCCGGCAGCCCCAUCAUCUCGCCCCAGGAAAUAUGGACGCCUGUCCACGAGAGCGAUGCCGAUGGCAUGUUGCCGCGGAGAAGUUCUAUGCUGAGUACGACGACGGCGGAUGAUGAGGAUUUGGGAGAAGAGUUCAAGGGACCCGGGCAGGGGAGGCCGACUGUGCCGACGCUUAUUGAGUGGGAGGGGAGUGGGGAGAGGGUUUAUGUUACGGGGACUUUUGCGGGGUGGAAUCGGAAAUAUAAAUUGCAUCGCAAUGGCCCCAGCAAGAAGAAAGAUGCCCUCUCCGCCUACGUCUCCGUCACCCCAGGAACCCACCACCUCACCUUCCUCGUCGACAACGACAUGCGCACAAGCGACAAGCUCCCCACCGCCGUAGACUACACCAACAUCCUCGUAAACUACAUCGAAGUCCCCUACCCCGAACUCACACCCCUCCCCGCCAGCCCUCCAACAAAAGACGCCCCCACCACCGACCCCCUCGAUGCCGCAACCCCCGUCCAAGAACGCGAAGCCCCAGCCGGCAUGUACCCACCCCAAGUCCUACCACCCACCCCGGACUUAGACCCCGCCUCGAUAACCGCGCCCCCGAUCGAACCAGCCAAACCCGUUGUCCCUGAACCUACGAAGAAAUAUCACCAAAACAUCCCGCGCUACCUCCUCGAUCUCGACGCGCCUGAGGAAUCAUCCCGUUUUGCGCGCGCAAACGCCAUGACGAAUAACCUGCCUGCGCCACCUUCACUCCCCGGUUUCCUUGGCAAGAGCAUACUCAACGGGACGACGCCGAUGAAGGAUGAUAGUAGCGUGUUGAUUCAUCCGAAUCAUACCGUGCUGAAUCAUCUUGCGACGAGCAGUAUCAAGGAUAACAUUUUGGCUACUAGUGCUACCACGAGGUAUAAACAGAAGUUUUUGACUACGAUCAUGUAUAAACCGAAGGAGGAACAUGGGGAGGUUUACUAGAUGAUUUGUGGAAGUAAGAUGGUGGUGAAGGCUUUGCGCCUGAUGUGAAGGGAUGGUGAUAGGAGGUGGAAAAGCGAUCGGUGAGCUUCGGCUUCAACUUCGGCGUUGGGCUUUGGCUAUAUGUGUUUCAGGUGCCGUACGAAUUUUGGGUCUCCAGAGUUAUCCGGGUCCGAUUGGAAGGAGCUUCGACAUGCGGGUCAAGGGUGUUUAGUAGGAGUUUUUACGGGUGUUAUGGCAAGCAUACGAAAGCGGGCAUCAUGAGUUUACGGUUCUUCUGGCUUAGGUUCAAUACCCCACAGUGGUAGAUUUCUUGGUGUACAUAUAGUUGCAACGAUAUUAUGGCUAUGCAGUGAUCAUGGUCUCUCUUUCCAUGUAUUGACACGUGAUGUGGAGGAAGGUGUGAGACGAAAAGGGGUAAAGG